AUGAAUACACUAUUCCAAGUCGAGUCAGUCAGAGACAGAGCAAUCAAACGAUUAGCCCUGAUGAAGAAGCUUGCGGGAACCGGCUGGGGCGCUAACGCCAGGAUACUCAAGCAGGUCUACACAGGAUCUGUAAGACCAGUUAUGGAGUAUGCUUCUCAAAGCUGGGCAACAACCGCCAAAACAAACCAAGCAAAACUCGACAAAGUACAGAACUUCGGCCUGAGGAUAAUCCUAGGAGCUAUGAAGUCGACCCCGAUUGCUGACAUGGAAAGGACGGCUGGCAUCGAACACAGGAGGAACCAGAAAAUCCUCAUCCAUGGGGAGAAAAUCAGACGCCUUCCAAGUCACCCUCUUCACCCCAAGCUUGAGGAAACGCCCAAGAACCGUCUAAAACGCAAAAGUCAAAACCAUCUGACUAAGAGUCUACAAGAUUCGGCUUCUGAAUUGCUUCAGCCAGGAAAUCCAGUUGAAAACCUGCAGCCAACAGCGUGGUCCCAGCAAGAGCUCCGAGUGGAAAUCCAGCCUUCAGUACCAGACCUGAGAAGUAAGGGGAUCCAACUACCGGAUAUCCAAAAAGCUCUCACGAUGGAACAUAUUGACCGACAAUACCCACAUGACAGAUGGACACUAGCCUACACGGACGGAUCAGCUGAAAGCGCAGUGAAAAACGGAGGAAGUGGAAUCUACAUAAGAUACCCUUGUGGAGAAAGCUCAACCCUCUCCGUCCCUGGAGGAAAAUACUGCAGCAACUUCAAAGCAGAGGUGCUAGCUAUAACAACUGCCGCGAAACAUCUAGCACAGUCCCAAAUGACAUCACCACUGAUAGCCAUUCUAACAGACUCACUGUCCACACUCCAAGCCCUAAGAUCAGAAAACAUCGAGUCAGAAAUCAAAGAUCUGAAAGAACUCCUCCAAGAUCUCACCAGUAACCACCACGUGGUCUUGCAAUGGAUUCCCGCCCACUGUGGAAUACCUGGAAAUGAAAGGGCUGACCAACUAGCAAAAGAAGGAAGCCUACAGAUCCAGCCAAAUGGGAAGCAGUCAUACAGAGAAAUAACAACACUCCUGAAGCAGAAAUGCAGAAAUGACUGGAAGAAAAGCCAGGGAAACCAACACCCCCAAUCAGAUCAGCUGUGGCUACUUGACCGAAAAGACGCUACUACCAUCUACCGUCUAAGAACAGGCUACUGUGGCCUGCGUGGGCAUCUUAAACGUAUAGGAACACUUUCAACAUACAUCGGGGGUGCUGAUGGUAAUAAUGCUGAUCCCAGUGAUGGUGGUACCGAUAAUGGUUGA